AUGAAUCAACAAACGAUCCCCGCGUCGCCCUCACUCCCAGCCGACCUUCUUACACUUCAUCACAAAAACCACCGAGGUGUCUCGGAAGUGCAAGCCAAGGUGGCGUUUCUCAACGGCCUUUCGAAAGGAGGCAGCCCCGCAAAUGGAUCAUCCAACUCUGCAGCCGUGCUGAGGGCCAACAUGGGCCGCGAAGAGGCCGAGUCAGCUCUGGCCACCGCACAAGAAGAAUUAGCCGAAGCACAAGAUCGCGAACGUCGAAUUAGCGAACGGCUUGAAUCGUUACUCGAAGAGCUACAUGGAACUAAAGAACGACAAGGCCAAGAACGAUCCAUAUUCGAAAAGGAAAUUCGCAAAGCCCGCAAAGAAGCUUUCCGGGCUGGAUCGACUGUGGUGAAGCUUCAAGAAGAGUUGAAGCAUGCCAAGUCUGAGGCAAAAUCUCUGAAAGAGGAAGUCGCAGCAGAACGCGACUCGAAGGACAGGGCCAAACAGGAGGCAUUCGAACGCGCGUAUGCUCUUGCUGGUCUCACGGAAGAGCUUGAGCUCCUGAAGGAGAAAUUCCGCGCCCUUGAGACGGAAAACCACUCAAGCAAUCUUGAAGUUCGCGCCCAUCAGAUUCGCAAGGAAGACUUUGGCAGGUUAUCAUUGGUCGAGGGUGACCUCGCCUUUUUGAACACCCCGCGGAGGCCGAAACGAGCCGCCGCUGGUUCCGCCCGUUCACCCGCCCCAGAACGCGAUGAAGACCUGGUGGAAGCGACGCCCCCGAAACGCCCACGGCUGUCGGAGAUUGAACCUGUCGCCGAUGAUGAGCAGCCUGCAGCAGAAACUGCGCCUGCAGAAGUGGACGAGGAUAUUUUGGAAGACUUGAAGGAAGAACUCCUUUUCGAGCGGCGCCGUAGAGCAGCGGCAGAGGACAUGGUUCACUUUAUGAACAUCGAGUGCCAAUUCGAGCGUUGCUCUUGCAGAAUUGCAGAGAGCCACGGCCGUCGGUACAUAUACGAUGCUGAGUACUACAAUACUUUCCAAAAACCCCAAAUUGAGGCGGAGGAGAAGGCUCGGGCCCAGCAGGCUAGCACUGAGCAGUUCGCUAUGCAACAACCUAGCCCGGAGUCUGCCAGCACCCCUGAGGCCAGUCCUCCACCACCUCCAGUCCAUCGAUCGCCGAUUCACAAAGCCCCCGCGGAUGAGGCCCCGGUCUAUGUGUCUCCUGUCCAUCAGUCUCCCGCCCCCCAAGCCCCAAUGCAUGAACCGCCUGUUCACCAGUCUCCCGCUCCUCAAGCCCCAAUACAUGAAUCGCCUGUUCACCGUUCUCCCGCUCCUCAAGUCCCAAUGCAUGAGUCGCCUGUUCACCAAUCCCCCGUCCACCGAUCUCCCAACCACCCACCACCCGCUCAUCAAUCUCCAGCUCAUGUCUCCUCUGUUCAUCAUGUUCAGUCUCCCCGAGUGGCCUCUCCUGAAUUAAGUGACCACGAUGAGCCAGAAGCGAGUCGAACCCCUCUGACUGCGCCGCCUGUUCCUGCACACAAAGCCACUCCGCCUGUAAACAAGGCCGAAGCCAGGAGUGCGCCGAAGAUGGAGAUGCCAGCCGAGCCUUUGGUUACCUUCUCUCCUGAGACUGGCACAUUUAUGAAAUUCCCAUCUCCACUACGGGACAACGUCAGACACUUACGAUUGGAUCAAUUCGAUACGCCCGACCUGCCCGAGCCCCAGCCAGACUUCGAGGAAGAUCAUAUGGACUUAUCUGAGCCACCAGAGGAAGAGCCUGAAUCGUUCACUCCAUCCGGGGAACCAGCUCCGGUACAGGCGCCGCCACGCGCACCCGCACGCGCGCCUGCACCGGUCGUGCGAUCCCGUCCAAACUCAGCUGGCGCCAAAAACGAUGUUUCCGCCGCAAGAGCGCGGCUGUCCCAAGAAGCUCGGCCACCUAGCCGGGUGGAGCGAGACGCCCAUGGAUACCGUCAGCCACUGCACGCCCCCAAAAGAGACCCCCGUGGACAAACUGCCAUUACCAACACGAAGAGAGUUCCCCUUCGGAACGACACCCAGUCACAACGAACAUCGCAUCCUGGCGUCCCAGACGUUCCAAUUGACCGGGAGCAGGCUUUGGCUCAGAUCCGGGCCCGAAGAGGUCGCACCCAUAGCAAACAGCGCUCAGUCAGUGCCAACGAAGCUGGCCGCGCAGCUCGCGCCCCCAGCACUUCGAACGCGAACCCGGCACGUGGGCCUCGUCGCGUCCCCAACCCCAACCUCCGACCUGAUUCAAGGACUGAGCAUGAUAUCAAUGAACGCCGUGAUAUGAGUGCUCCUGUUCGCAUGUUUCGUCGGUAA